CCAAAGGAAAAUCGCGGACGAGACGACAAGUGGGUGUUGACGGGACGACGUGUUCGACAUCUACGACCACCACAGCCAGACUGCUUAAUCCGCAGGAUCAAUUGGGAAUUCCACGCCAUCGCGGACCCGCCAGCGAUAUCCAACUUGCCUCAAUGUCCCGACUUUGACGCCUUUUUCGGUUGCUGGCUUCUCCCCCGUCUCGGUUGAGCUUACGCUGUUCAAGAAUCCGGAACAAUGCUGCAGCAACGGUUCCGGCCCCUAAUGGCGGGGGCCGCAUCGCUGUCUUCCCUAUGUCAGAGAGCCCUCCGACUCAGCAAUCCUAUCAGGCGCUACUCGGCCGAGACACAGAUGCUCGAUAUCAAGAACGCGUCGUGGGGUGAAGAGAGCGCCGGCUUCGGCCCACCUUCGACCGAAACCGAGGCCGUCAAGAUGCGAACCUACAAGCCGCGGACACCUGGUCUUCGCCAUCUCAAGCGCCCCAUCAACGACCACCUAUGGAAGGGCCGGCCAUAUCUCCCGUUGACGUUCCCCAAAAAGGGCCACGGAAAGGGUGGCAGAAACCACAGCGGCCGGAUUACCGUCAGACAUCGUGGAGGUGGCCACAAGCGGAGGAUUCGUACUAUCGACUUUAAGCGGUUUACUCCCGGGCCGCACACGGUCGAGCGCAUCGAGUACGACCCGGGCCGGAGUGCCCACAUCGCCUUGCUGACGGAGCAGGCGACGGGCAAGAAGAGCUACAUAGUGGCGGCCGAGGGUAUGCGCGCCGGAGACGUGGUGCAGAGCUACCGGGCCGGCAUCCCGCAAGAGCUGCUUGACAGCAUGGGUGGUGUUAUAGAUCCCGGUAUUUUGGCGGCGAAGACGGCCUGGAGAGGAAACUGCCUGCCGAUGCACAUGAUUCCCGUCGGCACGGUCGUGUACAAUGUUGGGUCCCGGCCGGACGGGGGUGCCGUCUUCUGCCGCAGCGCCGGCACGUAUGCGACCAUCGUAUCCAAGGAGGAGGAGACACGGGACGACGGCACCAAGGUCAUGACGGGAAAGCACGUCGUCGUCCGGUUGCAGAGCGGCGAGAUCCGCAAAGUCAGCAAGGAUGCUUGUGCAACCAUUGGCGUCGCCAGCAACGUUAUGCAUCAGUACAGGCAGUUGGGCAAGGCCGGGCGCAGCCGGUGGCUGAACAUCAGGCCCACGGUGAGAGGCGUGGCCAUGAACGCGAGUACGUGGGGCCUGACCCUGUCUUUUCUUUCUCCUCCAGCUCCUUCCUCCUCGCAACCGUCCCUCACUUGGCCGCUGACACGGUACCAGAUGACCAUCCCCACGGUGGUGGUCGUGGCAAGUCGAAGGGUAACAGGAACCCCGUCAGCCCAUGGGGCCAGCCUGCCAAGGGUGGUUUCAAGACGCGCAAGAAGAACAAUAUCAACAAGUGGGUGGUCACUCCUCGGGAGCGCAACAUGGGCAAGCGGAGAGACAAGAACAUGGCCUAGUGGGUGCGGCGGCUGUGUAGGUGAGGAGUGGACGAAGACAUCUUGUACAUUAUGUAGAUCAGCAAUCCUCGUUUCCAGGACCGGCUGUCUUAAGGAGCAGCCUUCGGUCAAGCCUCUUUAAACAGCGUGUCGACAUGAGGCCGGCAUCGUUCGUACUAUUGCCAGCCACAGCAUGGCUGUGUCGAGAGAAUCUUGUCCCAGUGAGCAUGGCACACUGGCGUUGGAGGUUGAUGAACCUGUCAAGCUGGCGGCAAACGGCUGUGUGAGCGCUUGAGCAGUUACCCAAAAGGGGUAUGCUUCGAGUUGACCGAAGGUGAUUGGCUGCCUCACUUCGGCCGAGGGCAGUGCUACGCCGUGUCCGCUCUGGAAGAACCUCAGAUCCGACCAACUUCUUGAGACCGAUGUUCCGCUAAAUGAGGGUCCGAAUCAGUG